UUUUUUUUUUUUUUUGGCGCCUAACUGGAAAUGUUUACAUUAAUACACAUAAAUAUUUUCAUGAACUGAUACGUGAAACGUGAUUCACAAAUGAUUACUCAUCCACUCAGUUAGCUAUUAUAUUAUAUUAUAUUAUUAUUAUAUUUACUUUUGAACACUCAACUAUUUUUUAUUUAGCAAAAAAAACAUUUAGCUGUUUUGAAAUAAAAUAGCAUAAAAAUGACAAAGGCAAAUAAUAGAUUAUACCGUAAAAAUUGGGAAAGUGACAGUGAAUUCAAAGCAUGGAUUUCAAAGGCUCCACCAAUGACCAACAAGCCUGAUGAAGCAUAUUGCAAGUGGUGUAAAAAAACACUUCGUCCUCAUGCAGCUACUUUAAAACGUCAUGGUAUCAGUCAAGCUCAUGUAGAAAGAGGUCCAUCAUUCAUGUCAAGGACUCAAAAAACUUUGGCUUCUUUUGGUAUUGGUCGAGGUACGGACCAAGGUAAAAUUAACAUUUGUCUGGUAUUACAUGCUGCUGUACAUGGUACAAUCAACAGUUUGGACCAUUUAAAUGCUAUUCUGAUUGAAUGUGGUGAAGGCACACCACUUGAAAAAUUACAACUCCAUAGUACAAAAGCUUUGAAGCUAAUUGAAAAUGUAAUAGCUCCAGGGUUUCUAAAAGAGCUUAUUGAUGAUAUUGGAGAGCAAGAUUUUUCAAUAAUUUUAGACGAUCAGUCAACUGAUGAUUCCACUAAUAAAUUCAUGACAUACUGCAUUAGAUAUUUCAGUAUCAAGAACAAGAAAAUCUUGACUAACUAUCUUGGAUUUAGUCAAGUUACUGAAACAACAGCUGUUGAAUUAUAUGAUGUAUUUUGCAAAUUUUUAGAAGACAUUGGUCUUAAAAUUGAAAAUUUAAUUGGAAUCAGCACUGAUGGAGCAGAAAACUUGUGUGGAAAUAGUCACAGUCUUUACACUUUAUUGAAGAAGAAAGUAUCAAGCUUGCAAUUGAUUAAAUAUACUUAUCAUUCAAUUGACAAAUGUGCAGGUUAUGCAAUUGAUGAGUUACCAUCAAAUUUAAUGUUUAUGUUACGAGAAACUAACAAUUGGUUUGCUCACAGUGGUUUACGUUUGGCAAUGUAUGAGUCUUAUUAUGCAAAUCGUCAUGAUGGCAACAAGCCUAAAAAGUUAGUUUCUUUAUCAACAACACAGCAAAUUUACUCAGCAAAUGCUAUUAUUUUAAACCAAUAUGAGACUCUUGGAGGAUUUUUCAACCAUGUUCAUGAACAACCAGAUUAUAAAAAAUGUUAUACAGCUAUGUUACUAGCAGAUAUGUACAAUGACCAUUUAAAUCAUUUGUAUCUGACAUUUUUAGAUGAAAGCUUGGAAGAUCUUCAUAGUAUAAACCUAGCUUUUCAAAAACACAAUGCAGAUAUAACAAAAUUAUAUGCAGAUCUUUGUAUGCUGCUGGUGUCUAAUGCUAGACGUGUGUUCAAGCCAUCUUUUUUAAGGAGAUUUUCAAAUUUAUCAGAAAGUAAUUUAACAGUGUUGGAUCAAGCUGAUCUCGAUGCAAUAGAAAGAGCAAUUGAAAAAUCAAAGGAAGAGUUUGGUUGUUCUUUGCUUCCUCUUGAUUCAAUGGAUUUUGGAAGAAAAUUUGAAAAACUUGUCGAAGAAAAACAACUUGUGCUACCAAACAAAUAUUUUAUAUCCACUGACAACUUAAUAACAUUAAAAAAAAGAGCAUCAGCCUUUAUUAUUCGUUUAUGUAAAGAGAUUAAAAAUAGACUUCCACAAAAUCUGAGUGUCAUUGAAAAGAUCAAGUACUUUUCACCAAUAAUAUGUCUCUCACAAAGCCAUAUACCAGUAACAGAUUUACCUUGGGAAUUGGCUGGUGGAAAUAUUAAUGAAGGUGACAUUGAGUCACAAUGGCGUCAUUUACGUACUCUCAGAUUCGAUGAUAUUUCUUCAGAUAUUGAUGAAUCUACUGAAGUUAUUGACUUUUGGAUUGCAGUCUGGGAGAUGAAGACGGCCAAUGGUGAAAGAACCUUUAAAGAUAUAGCAAAGUUUGCACUGAGAGCUCUUUCUCUCCCCAUCAACAAUGCUGAAGUUGAAAGAGUAUUCAGUAUUAUGGCAGCUGUGAAAACAAAAAUAAGAAACAGGAAGCAAAUGUUGUUGCUCGUAGCACUUAUUCGCAUCAAGAUGCAUAUAAUUGUUAAUCAAGUUUGUUGCAUGAGUUACAAGCCAACAAAAGACAUGCUUGAUCGCUUCAACAAAAAUAUGUAUCAAACGAAUUCAACAACACCUGAAAUUGAAUCACAUGAAGAUGUCCUUGAAGUAUUUAAAAUGUUUGACCGAGCUCUUCAACAUAUAAAAUACCAAUGAAUACUCGUAAUAAAAAAAUACAUAUAGUAGUAUUUUAAAAAUUUUUCUAUUUAAAAUACAUUUUUUUAUGUGAAAAGUAUACAUUUUUUAUUAAUAAAUAAACAUUGUUUGUAUUAAAAAAAA